AUGAGAAAUAGAACUUCAUCCUCUGACUUUAUUCUGCUGGGGCUUCUGGUGAGGAGGGAGGCUACAGGGAUUGUUUUCACAGUUAUCUUUGCUAUUUUUGUGGUGGCUGUGCUGGCCAAUUUGAUCAUGAUAGUCCUGAUUCAGGUAGAUUCCCGGCUCCACACUCCCAUGUACUUUCUGCUCAGCCAGCUGUCCAUCAUGGACACCCUUUUCAUUUGCACCACUGUCCCAAAACUCCUGGUGGACAUGGUUUCUCAAGAGAAGACCAUUUCCUUUGUGGGCUGUGGCAUCCAGAUCUUCCUCUACUUGACGAUGAUUGGCUCAGAGUUCUUCCUCCUGGGCCUCAUGGCCUAUGACCGCUAUGUGGCUGUCUGUAAUCCUCUCAGGUAUCCAGUUCUGAUGAACCGCAAGGUGUGCCUUUUGGUGGCUGCUGGUGCCUGGUUUGGCGGCUCACUUGAUGGAUUCCUGCUCACUCCCAUCACUAUGAACGUCCCCUACUGUGGCUCCCGCAGAAUCAAUCAUUUCUUCUGCGAGAUUCCUGCAGUUCUCAGGCUGGCGUGUGCCGACACAUCUGUGUACGAAGCGUUGAUGUACGUUUGCUGUGUGCUCAUGUUGCUCAUCCCUGUCUCUAUCAUCUCCACCUCCUACUCUCUCAUCUUGUUAGCCGUGCACCGCAUGCGCUCUGCAGAGGGCCGAAAGAAGGCUUUAACCACGUGUUCAUCCCACCUAACCGUAGUCAGCAUUUUCUAUGGAGCUGCUUUCUAUACCUAUGUGCUACCCCGGUCAUUCCACACACCCGAGAAGGACAAGGUGGUGUCCGCCUUCUACACCAUCGUCACACCCAUGCUUAACCCUCUCAUCUACAGUCUCAGAAACAAGGAUGUCAUCGGGGCAUUUAAAAGGAUAUUUAUGCGUUGCUCAUCUACUCAGAAAGUAGCCACAAGUAAUGCUUAG